AUGCAGCGAUCGUAUUCGACUCCGCACGCGCAGCAGCUGAUCUGCGACGCCAAGGAGGGGGCACAGGCCGACCUGCAGGAGGAGAUGGCCUCUGCGGAGGGUUUCCGGACGCUCGUGCGCGAGACCGCGGGUGAGUCCCAGGAUUUCGACGAGAAGGGGGAUUGGCCCCUCUUCCUCCGCAACGUCAAGCUGCCGAGCGGCCAUUCCUGCGUCGCGCUCGCCAAGAAGCUGCUGCAGGAGGGCGAGGAGGAGUGGUCCGAGAUAGCAUUGCUGAUGUGCCAGCAGCAGGCCGAGGCCGUGCUGCUGCCCCCGGCGGAGAGGCAGAGGCGCGCGGAGGAGCGCCGGAAGAGGCGCAUCUUCAUGAGGGCCUUCCCAGAGACGCUGGACGGCGUGACUGUCGAACAGGUGGAGGCCGCGCACGAGACGGUGCAGCGCGUCUUCUCCGCGGCAUGCGCUUUUGGGAACCUUCGCGAGAAGUCCAACGGAUAUGAGGAGCUGUCGCAGAUCGAGCAGGACCUCCGGACGCAGGCGAAGCUGCUGAGAGACGGGGGCCAGAACGGCGUCAAGAUACGAAUAUGA